AUGACCAAGAAAAGGAAGUUUGUGCCUACAGAAACAAUUCAAAAUUCUGGCCCUGUAGAGGUUGUUGUUGAAGAUGUAACAUCACAUCCUUUAUGCUUGCACGGCCCGACUCUUUUAUUUUCCUCCCCUAAGGGCCGGUACUUUGCAUGUUCCGCAUGUAGAAAUAAAAAAGACUGUACGGUGCACAUCGAGGAAGAAGAUUGGAAAAAAGAGGGUGUGAAGAAAAGAAAUGAAAAAUAUUAUAGCCUUAUCCCUAAGCUCGACAAGGAGGCUGCGUGGAAUAACUUGCAAGAGGUUAAACUUCGACAUCCAUCAGACAGAGCAUACUGCGACACUUGCAAGGAACUGUACAUAAUAUCAAAGAGUAGGAAACAUAUAAAAGAUCACAAAGUUAUUCUAUCACUGACCAAUGAACAGUUAACACAUCCAUCAACAGUACUACCGCCCCUCGAGAAUGAUGGCCAUGAAGCACAGUACUUAUUCUCGAAGAAAGCUAUUAGCACUGUGCUGGGGAUAUUGACUAAUAAUAAGAUAAGCAAUAUCCUAUGUAUCGGAACUCCAACGAUCCAUGAAGCAGCUCAAGAUCAUCCCGAGUUUAACUCCUUGCUCCUCGACUAUGACACUCGCCACCACCUGUUCCAUCCCACCAACAAGUUUUUAUGGUAUAAUAUGUUUAACAACUACCUGUUUGACGGUAAUAAGGAUGAAAAAAUACUUAAGAAAUUCAUGAAACAGUCCAAAAACAAAGGUCUUGCAAUUGUAAUGGACCCACCGUUUGGUGGUAGAGUUGAACCUUUGAUACAAACCAUAAAAGAACUUUCUAACUUGUAUAAUACAGUGUGUGAAACUGCUGAUAAAGUUUUACCAGUCAUAUGGGCUUUCCCAUACUUUUCAGAGCCUUAUAUAAAAAAUAUUAUGCCCGAGAUCAAAAUGCAUGAUUAUCAGGUGGAAUACGCAAAUCACAAAAAGUUUGGAAAUAAGAAUGGAGGUCGCAAAUUUGGGUCACCCGUUAGAUUUUUCACUAACCUACCAUUUUCUACCAUUGACCUCUCUAAUGAUAGUGGCUAUAAAUUAUGUGACAAGUGUAAAUUCUGGGUGUCAGUUGCUAAUAGGCAUUGCACCAAAUGCAGGGAAUGCACUAGUAAGAACGGCAUGACAUACAAACACUGUAACAUUUGUAAGAGGUGUGUGAAGCCUACAUUUGUACACUGUGCAAAAUGUGAACGGUGUUGCCAAGAAAAAGGACAUAUUUGUGGCACUCUUGUUGAAUCACAGUCCUGUUAUACUUGCAAUGAAAAAGGCCACAAGAAAUCGGAAUGUCCACAAAACAAGGGAGAAAGUAAGAAGAAAAAACAUAAAUAA